UCUCCAUCACUCACCACCGAUAUAUCUCUCUGUAUCACUACUGUGAACAAAAAAAUUUCAUUUAUUCUCAUACCUAAAAAGGAAAGUUUCCCUAAUAAGAUUCCAGCGUUAAAUCUCUCACUCAAUACCCAAAAUUCGGAAAACAGAAACUUUUCUACGAGAUGAGAAACAGCCAUUUGCUAAAACUGAUACUUGCAGUAUCUCUACCACCAAUAUUCUUGCUCGGAAUCGCCAUAACCGUGAUCUUCAUCUUCUGCAGAAGAUCAAUAACAGAGACCAGUGAAUCCCAAUACGAUGUUGAAUCUCCAUAUGAGAAACAAGAAUUAUCCGAUAUCGGAUCCGAAACAGAGGAGGAGCUCGUCCUUUUCGACGGCGGAGAAGAUCUCACGAUCUGCGACAUCCUCGAAGCUCCCGGAGAAGUCAUCGGAAAAUCAAGCUACGGAACAUUAUACAAGGCAUCGUUGCAGCGAAGUGGGAAAGUUAGGGUUCUUAGGUUCAUUCGACCUCUGUGUGCAGUGAGAUUAGAUUCGAAGGAUUUUGAUGGCGUCAUCAAGUCGCUUGGAUUUGUGCGACAUAACAAUUUGGUUCCUCUGUUAGGAUUCUACGUUGGGAAUAGAGGAGAGAAGCUUAUGGUUCAUCCCUUCUUCGGUUCCGGGAAUCUCUCCGAGUUCAUCAGAUGUGGAGAUGUUGAAUCACACAAAUGGAGCAACAUUUUGAGCAUAAUCAUCGGAAUAGCAAAAGCUCUUGAUCAUCUACACACAGGAAUGCAGAAACCUAUCGUUCACGGAAAUCUGAAGUCAAAAAACGUUCUUUUAGACCAGAGUUUUAUGCCUAGAGUCUCUGAUUUCGGCUUGCAUUUGCUCUUGAACUUCGCGGCUGGGCAAGAGAUUUUAGAAGCUUCAGCUGCAGAGGGAUACAAAGCGCCUGAAUUGAUCAAGAUGAAGGAAGUAAGCAAAGAGAGCGAUGUGUACAGUUUUGGUGUGAUCAUGCUUGAGUUACUCUCUGGUAAAGAGCCGGUAAACAAGAAUCCAACGGGGUCUGUUCUUGAUCAUAAUAAGUUGUUGGAUUUGUACCGUACUGAGAUUCUUAGGAGAGGUGUAAAAGAUGGAACUGGUGUGACCAAAGAAUGUGUCCUCGAGUACAUUCAGCUUGCGAUGUCUUGUUGCUCCCCAUCGACUUCUCUUAGGCCGAGCUUCAAGCAAGUAUUGAGGAAUUUAGAAGAGAUCAGAAGAUGAUGCAUAUCAACCUGACUAAUUUGUGGAACAGACAUGGCAGAAAUGUUGAAUCUUUCUAGCGAUCGCAUACUUUUUGCAAAUGCAAUUAACAGGGGAAUCUUCUUCUUCAAAUGUGUUGCAAAUCCAGAAACAGGGGAAUCCGGCAAAGAGACGAUAUAUUUUCAAAGGAAAAACAGAGGUUUUCGUCCAACAAGAAUUACCGAACCGAAAACAUUGAACAAGGAAAUCAGGAUUAAAUUAACGCCUUGAUGUGCUAUCAGAUUUGUUAAGAACGGCAUGGUUUUCCUUUUUGCGUCUGUCUUUAGUCUUGUCAGAAACUCUUUUUUAACUGUCCCCUAAUUUACCCAGAGUAAAACUGUUGAAUUACUCUUUGUAUAUGUAUAUUUUGUUAUUUUAUUGUCUGAUAACAUUUCUCCAUUGAAAACAAAACAAAU